AUGGAAAGGGGAUUUCUUGAUAAGGUGGAAGAUAAUGCGGCGGUCCGAAUUUGGUCAGAAACGACACAACGAGAGAAAGGGGAUAGUUUGGCUGAAGGAUAUGAAUCUGAGUUAUGGGACUUCACCCAUAUGAAGGUAGACAAGCACCUGUUUCGGGCUCUCGCGCAAUUUUGGAACCCCGCCUACAGUUGUUUUACGUUUGGAAAAGUCGACUUAGUACCUACGAUAGAAGAAUAUAUGACUUUACUUCGGUGUUCGAAGAGUCAAGUCGAUAGAAUCUACUCAAGAGCUGCAAAUGCACCCUUUUUGAGAAGAUUGAUGAACAUAACAGGCAUGAGUGAGCAGUGGGUCACAGCCCGAAUCAAACAAAAAGGGGAUAACAAAUGUAUUUCUUGGAGGAAUUUGAAAGAUGUGGUCCUAGUGCAUCCAGAUGUACAAAAGAGAGUAGAUGUCUUCGCUUUGUGCCUAUACGGCUUAGUUAUUUUUCCCAAAGCUUUGGGGCAUAUUGAUGAGGCAGUCACUGAUCUAUUCGACCGUCUCGACAAGGGAGUUACUCCGAUUCCAGCAAUUUUAGCAGAAACAUUCAGAUCAUUGAAUGCCUAUCGACGAGCGGGUGAAGGCAGAUUCGUUGGAUGUGUACAGUUGUUACUUGCGUGGUUCCACAGUCAUUUUUGGAAAGUGGAUAAGGUGUCAUAUCGGGUCUUCUCUGAAAACUAUUCGCCACUAAAGGAGAUAGUAGGUACACCGAGAAGAGAUGAUAUUUCGAUGGAAAAAUGGAUGGCAAUUCUUCAGACCUUGCAAGAAGAGGACAUUGAAUGGAGAGCUCCGUGGUUACUUCCAGACGAAAUUUUGUAUCGGUGUGGUGAUUUUGAUUGGGUCCCUCUACUUGGAAUCUGGGGAGCUAUUGGAUAUGCCCCGUUAUUAGUGCUCAGACAAUACCGGUCAAGACAGUUUAUACCCGCAACCCAGGGACUAGCCGUGUGUGAAUUCGCGUAUGGGGGUGAUGGUUACAAAAAGAAGAUUCGAGAGAUAUCCAAUGCGUGGAACCAAACUCGACGGAUGAAGAGGUUGGCUGUAGGACCGAUGACGACUCCUGAGUACGAUGAAUGGAGGGUCAGAAGAAUCAAUGACAAUAUUCCCAAAUCGAGUCAUGAAGGCAGUCAGUCAUUAGAAGAACAUUUAAAGGUCGUCCCUUCUGAACUGGAAAUUUUAAAACAGGAUUUCGAAAGAAGAACUGCAGAGUUGGAAAAACAGAUAGAGCAAAUGGAAGAGGAAAAGAUGAACUUAAGAUUGGACGCAGACGUUCAGAAGCUCGAGGCUGAACGAUUAAAAAAGGGGAAAGCUAGGGCUGAAGAAGAUCUUGAUAGUUUGAAAACAGAUUAUAAGAAGUUGCGAUUAUCAAUAAGGACUACCGGGUUGGGAAAAUCUUCUGAACAGUGGCGCAAAGAGAUUCAAGAAGAAAAGAAUAAGGCUGAUGAAUGGGAAAUGAGGUUCCAAGAAAUUCAAGCACAGAACGAGACUUUAAAGAGGAGUUUGUCGGAGAAUCAGAAAGAGAAAGGGAGGCGGAGAAUAGAGUGGUGA